AUGACAUGGCAAUUAGCAAAGGAGGUAAAUGCCUUAUUUUGGACAAGAUCCCCAAGUUCUCAAUAAUUUUCAAAGCCCAAUUUAACAUUCUAUAAAAAUGAAAACAUAUAUAAGGUUAUGUCGAAAGUUAAAAAUGCUCCUGCUUUAAUUUACUAUUAGGUUGCAAAUAAGAUUGGAAACAAGGAAAUGAAAAUUUAAGCCAAAAGAUUAAAAAAGAUUAUUGAUAGAGCGGAAUCCAUAAAUGACACUUUCAAACCAUUUGUUAUAAAUGAGUGGAUUUUUGAUAGUUCAAAUAGCAAUGUACUUAUCAAAUUCUUAAAUGAUUUUGAUAAGCAACACUUUAAUAUUGACAUUGAAAAAUUGAAUUGGAGAUAAUAUUUGGAAAGGGUUCAAUUGGGGAAUUCAAAAAUAUAUCUUGAAAGAUUAAACAAGAGAAUUAAAUGA